AUGAACUUCUGCAUCUACAUGAUGCAUAUUAUUGAUAACCAUGUGAUACUAACAAAACCAUUGUUGAUAACUAGGCUCGAUGAUUCUAGAUCUCAUAGAAUCCUUUGGUUGUUAGAAAUCCUUCAACUAGAUUAUGAAGUCAAGAUUUAUUUGAGACAUCCAGAGACUUGGCGUGGUCCUUUACAACUUUUUGAUGUUCACCAACUAGGUAAAUCACCAGUAUUGGAGAUUAUUUUUGCUGAUGGAAGACCACCGAUUAAAAUAGCCGAACUGGGAUUUAUUAUUCAGUAUUUGUUACGAUACUAUGAUACAGACAACAUCUUGAAUCCUAUAAGUCAAGAUCAACAACUAGAAGUGGAUUAUUUCUUACAUUAUGCUGAAGGUUCUUUACAACAUAUUCAAAUGGCCCUUUUGAUAAACUCAGUCUCAAAAUACGUUGCUCCAUUCGGAACAAGAAAAAUUGUCAAUACUAUCACCAAAGCAAUCAACAACGGGUAUUAUAAGCAUGAAUGGUAUUUGAAUUUCCAAUACCUUGAAGAUAGAUUAGCUGAAAAUGGCACUGGAUAUUUUGUCGGGAACAAAUUAACUGGUGCUGAUGUGAUUUUGAGUUUCCCCGUGUAUGAAAAUGUAUUCGAUAAUCCAGAUGGUGUUAGAGAGAUUUGUGGGGAAAAGAGAGACUUAAGAAAAGUUUAUCCACAUUUGGCCAAAUGGAGUAGAAUGAUUCGAAAUAAUCCUAGCUAUAAGAAAAUAACAGAAAUGAUGGAUGAAGAUGUGGAAGACUUGAUUGCACUGAACCCACGGUUUGAUUAUGGUAAAGAGUAG